UUUGGGCGACAGUGAUUGGUUGAAGUUGAGCCGUGUCGACGCGCUGCAGCUGCUCCGCGUCGCCACACCGCGCGCACUGUUUGACAGCCGCACAUCAGCGCGCUCGCCGGAGCGACUCUCUCACCUGGCCCGCAACUCUUUCUGUGCGUCCCGUUCGCUCGGAGUUCCCCCGGUGUCCGUUGCUCUUCUCCGUCUUCCCCCCCCCGGAUGCGAGCUGGAGGAGAGAUGGCCUCUCGGGGGACCAUGAACGACUCGGAGUGCAACUCGUCCGAGGAGGACAGUAACCGCGCGGCCUCGGUGGAAGGGACGCGGGAGGACAAGAGCUCCCCGGUGGUGCGUCGGCGUCACCCGUUCAGCGUGGAGGCGCUCAUGUCCGGGAGGACGACGACGUCGGCGGCGACGACGACGGAGGACGGCCGCCGCGGCGGCGGACAGUCCACCUGCGGCAAACCGCAGGGGCGCACAGUCGCGGUGUCCCCCGCCGGGUUGGACUCUCUGUAUCUCCGCCGGGAGCCGCGCAGUCCUCCCGAGGGGAGCCGGCAGUGCGUAACGGCUGCGCCCUCGUCGCCGGUGAAGUCCGAGGCGUCGGAGUCGGAGGACUGCGCGCCGUGGGUCACCAGCAGCGCGUUUUCCCCACAGCCCCGUCACAUCAGCCCCGGCUGUCCGUUGAGGAAACACAAGACCAACCGGAAGCCCCGGACGCCGUUCACCACGUCUCAGCUGCUGGCGCUGGAGAGGAAGUUCAGGCAGAAGCAGUACCUGUCCAUCGCCGAGCGGGCCGAGUUCUCCUCCUCGUUGACCCUGACGGAGACCCAGGUGAAGAUCUGGUUCCAGAAUCGCCGGGCGAAGGCCAAGAGGCUGCAGGAGGCCGAGCUGGAGAAGCUCAAGAUGGCCGCCGACGCCAAGACGGUGGCGGCCGCCGCCGGAGCUUUACACCCUGGGUUUACAUUACCUUUUUCGCUGGGCGCCAUGUCGCUGUACGGACAGUCGUACUCUGCCUAUCACCACCACCACCACCACCACCACAGACCCGUCCUGCCCAUUUCACCUUUGGGACUGUACGCCGCUCCCCUGGGCUACAACAUGUACCACUUAUCCUAAAAAAAACCAAAAAAAAAACAAGGAAAUAUCCUUGACUGUGGUGAAAUGUUUUUCAGUCCAUUUCCCAGGAUUCCCAAAAAAUGGACACAGAGGAUAUGUGGCUGACAUUAAAAAAUAAUAAUAAUAAUCUGUGUUUGUAAUAUAUCCACUGCACAAGGAGUGCAUCAAUCAACUUCCCAAGCACUUUGAGUCAAAUUAUAAUAUCUCUUGUUUUUCCCACAACGAGGAAUUUAAAAAAAAAAAAAAAAGUGUCUUCUUGCCCCUUUGGACUGCCUGUUUACAUGACCUGUCUAUAGGAGGAGGGGUGUCACUGUCCAGCUGUUUAUACGCUUCACUUGUUUACUUCUGCAGUAGUUCGGCUGGGCGACUGAGCACCGGGCACAGCAGCAACAGACACUGCAGCUUUUCACAGGAGCCUUUUAGCUCGUCAGAGUCAGAUUCAGUGCCUUAACACGGAGACGCGUUGUAUAGACGUCUAUGGGUGGACGAGUGUCGCGGCAACUCAGGCCAAAGUAAAACCUAUCGCUCGAGCAUUCUUUUCAUUUUUCAAUCCACAGAAGUGCCUUCCUUGAAAAAGAAAAAAAGAAGUCAGGUUCAGGUUUGAGGUAACCCUCAUGUUUACUCGUCACAAAGAAAAGUUUUUUUACGCCAAUGCAAUUCCAACUUUGCUCAUGCUUAGUCUCGUGGCAAAAAAAAAAUGUCAACUCUUUCUUUACAAAGCAUAUGCAUAUUUAUUCUCUUUGACAUACAGUGCUGGAAAUGUAUGAAUGCCUUAUGUAUUUAUAAUAUAAUAUGGUACAGAAUGUCCGACCACAGUGUAUUUAUAUUGUUCUUCUUUCCUGAGCGUCCCUUUGAAAGGGCCGACGUUUUGCCAAGCAGUUUUUGCCACCGAUGUUUUAUCAAAUGACCAAAACCAAUUAAAGCCUUUCAGCCUUUCAAAGCCUUUGAAUAAAUGACAUUUAAUUUUAUGUAUGAAAAUAAAGUAACAACGUGUAAGGUC